AAAGCAUUCAGUACGAACUCUGCACUUCGCACAACAAGACGCCAAGCGACCAGCGACGACGACGCCAAAGGCGCUCGGCCAAAGCCACAGAGCCCGAGCAAAAACUACGUAAAUUUUCCACAGCCAUUUUCCACAAUUUUCCCAGUCGAACAAGAGCGGCAGCAAAAACAUCGGCCUGCCUGUGUGUGUGUUUUGUGUGUGCAAUAGUGAAUUGUUCUUGGCCCAGGCGAUCGAGUUCCCCGCAAAAACCCUUCCCCCCAAUCCCGCUAAAAUGUGGAGCUGGGGCUAAGGAACACCGCCAAAAAACCCCAAAACAAGCAGCGACUCAGAAAAAGGCGCCAAACUAAGAUUACCGCCAGCCAAGAUUACCUCCUCAAGACCCCGCAGGAAACCAUGAAAAUGUGGACCGAAUCCAAUGUAAAUUCCGCGAUGGGUCUUCAAGCAACAGCCGCCACCAAGCGGAAGCAUGAGCUGACCUUCGACAGCAAGGAUGCCAACACCACCUACACGGGCAACUGUGCCCCGCCCCCCGUCAAGGCCAACAAGUGGGCCAUCAGCAACAACAACUACCUGGAAUCGCUCGAGGAGCAGCAGCAGCAGCAGCAACAGCAGCAAUCGGAGCCUGCUGUCGAGUCCAACAACAACCACAUUGUGUUGGAGGCAUCCAUGGAUGCGAUGAAGCCAACGGAGCCAAGUAUUAGCAAUGGUCAUGAAGUUACUACCGCCGUCGCCACGCUGAAGAGUCAAGCGGAGGUGCCACUGCCGCCGACGGCGAGUGCAGCGAUACCGGAGGACAGUAUCGCCAGGCUGGAGGUGGUCACCUCGGCCGUUCCCUGUGAGCCCUGGACAACAGCAGCGGGCAACGGGUCGUCGACUUCCUCGGCGGUCUCCGUUUCGAAUGGAUCCAGCGCCGAGCCCGUGGACUGCAUCUCCAAGCUGCAAGCCGUGGCGGUGCCUAGUGACCCAUGGGGCAGCAUAGCCACCCGCUCCACGCUGGCCACCACUCUGCUCAGCGCCGACGAGCUGGACGACGAUGAUGAUGACUUUGAGGACGACUAUGAGGAGGAGGAGAGCAUCAUACCCACCUAUUGUCCCAUGCGUUUUCAUCCCUUUGUGCCGCACCCCCAUCCGCACCAGCUGGCACCGCAUCCCCACCAGCAACAGCAGCAGCAACAGCAGCAACUCUCCCAGCAGCAACCACAUCCCCAGCAGCAGCAACAACUCGCCCAGCAACAGCAGCAGCAUCCGCAACAGCAGAGGAGUUAUGCCCCCGGCUAUGGCAGCAGACAGCCCAACUACUACUCGGAGCCAUUCCCGCAGCAGAAUUGCUCGCGAACCGGAGGACCGCAACACAUGACGCAAUCUCCGCCCACGCCGCAGCAGGCGCGCGGUUUUGCCCCACCCCAGUGGGCGACGGCGGGCGGCAGUCCGACCAAUCCAUCGGUGGGUGGAGCCCAGCAGUUCUACGGCACCAACGGAGGAGCCUAUGCCCCGCCGGCGGCGCCACAGCAAACGAUCCGCUGUGCGGAGAAUGGCAAGUCCUAUCUAGAUUUGGGCUGCAGCAGCGGUGCAUCCGGCAACGCUGGAGGAUCGCCCAUCAGUCCGCCACCCUCCUCGGCGCCCGUCGUUCCCUUCGCCGGCCUGCCCCUCCAUGGCCUGCCCCUCAAGCGCUGCUGUGAUGGACGCCCCGGUGGCUGGUGCAGUGCCAAUAGGAGCUGCUACAAGGACACCCGGCUGAAGAUACGUAAUCUGUCCAUGUUUAAGCUCUCCCGUUUCCGCCAGGUGUCCGAGCAGUCGCUCUACCGCUCCGUGCUCAUUUGCAACACCCUGAAGCGCAUCGAUCGCGAGAUCGAGGCGGAGGCCAAGGAAUUGCACCAGGCGGCGCAGCAGCAUCACCAGCAGGCGGCAGCGGCGGCGGCGGCACAAGCGGCGCAAUACCACCCAGCCUACCAGCAGCAGCAACAACAACAGCAACAAUCCCCGCCAGCACCACUGCAUCCUCAUCCCCAGCAGCAGCAGCAGAUGGAUUAUGCACCCGUGUUGAACUGCCGUUUGGCCAACAUGGAUCACUACCAGCAAUUGAGUUUCCAGCCCCAGCAGCAGCAGCAACAGCAACAACAGCCUCCCCAACCACAUGGCUACCAUGAGCGUCUGGAGCCCGCCUACAGGGGUGUGGCAGCGGGAGCGGGUGUGGGGGUGGGAGUGGGAGGCUUCACCACGCAGCCCAGCAACUGUGAUACAUCAGCGAGUGGUGCAAGUAGCAAUACCAGCGGCGGCAACAGCAACAACACCUCUGCGGCAACGGCGAGCGGAAGCAGUAGUUUGCAUCCCUACGAUCACUAUCCCUUUCGGGAGUCGCAGUCGGGUCGAGCCACGCCCUUUCCCUCCUGCCCCACCACAGCAGCAGCGGCAGCAGUCAGCGGAGGAGCAACACCAACCCUGAGCAACAACAGCAACAGUAGCAACAUCAGCAGUUCCCCCGCCACAAGCAGCAGCAGCAUAAGCAUUAGCAACACCAGUUCCUCAACGGCAAUAAGCAGCAGUAGUGGGAAUUCAGCGAACAGCAGUGUUGUCAGCAGCACGCCAGUUGCCCCUGCCGCAAGUAACAACAAUUGCGAUACCAGCGAUUCCGGCUAUGCGGACGACGACUCCACGCGUUCGAUCAACUGGAGUUCGGUGCUCAGCCUGAGUUCGCAGUCGGCGCUGGAUCCGCUGAACAACAACGAUCUGUUUAGCAUACUGCCGGCGGCGGCCACGCCCACAGCAGUGCCGGUUUCAGUGCCAGCGGCUAGCAGUUCCAGUUCAUCCUCCGGUUCCACUUUGGCCUUCAGUGGCAGCUUCACCACCGUUCAGGCAAGCAGCGGGAAUAGCAGCAGUUCCUGUGGCAGCAGCAGCAGCAGUUCCUCCUCUACCACAGCCACCUUUACUACCCUGUCCACCAUCUCCUCGGCCACCCACUCGCUGACCUCGUCGUAUGUGAGCAGCAUUAGCUCGAACGUGUCGGCGGGCGCCAAUACCUGGGAGUACGGAUUCCUGGACAUGGAGUUCGGGCUGGGCUCGGAGUUCACCGAGCUGGUGCCCAGCUGCAAGCUCAGCUCCGAGGAUCUGUUCAAGAGCGGACUGGGUGGCCAGGUGGUGGCCGCCUCCCGCCUGCACGACAACGAGCUGGAGCAGCCGGCCCACAUCAUGGUCGGCAGUUAGUAUCAGUUGUAGACGAUGAAGACGACGACGGCGGAUGAGCGGAUGGCGGCGUGCUGGUCGCGUCGCCUGCUGGCGCCCACUAGCAAUUCCAAGCAGUAUUGAAUCGACGAAACGAGUGAGGGGAGAUCUAAAGGGGGAUCUUAAUUGCUAAUUAUGCUCAGGUUGUGAACGUGCAUGAAUAUAUAUUAUGAAAUAUAUAUAUACCCUUACCCCACUUUGGUCCUAUUUCCCCCGCUCCCUUUCUUCACACAAGCAAUCGAGGACACACAAAUUAAUUGCAAUCUAUAAAUGAAAUUCGUAACUAAGUGAGAGAUCGAAGUUAAGGCAGAACAAUGAUUAUGACAAAUGAGCAAGCAAAACUAUUAGCAAAUUUUUGUAAGUGUAAAUAUUGUUAGUCUUAAGGCAGAGCAGCGAACACCCUAGCCAAGUAAGUUUGAAACGGAAGCAAAACAAAAAUUCUAUAUUAGCGUAACUUUAGCUUUGUUAGUUGCAAUUGUUGCAGUUUUUCGAUU